AUUGUCUAUGGAUUCGUUAUGCUUUUCCUCUCCAUGCGGCAUGCCGUUCCAUACUUUACUCGCAGCACGAGAUAUUAUCCAGUAUAAUCAUGGAAAAUAAGAAUAAAGUACAAUAUCUUAUUGUUGAUACAAGCGCUUUCAUAAAAAAUGCUUCUGUACAGGACAUUGGGGUUAACAUUUUGACUGAGCAAGCUGUCAUUGACGAAAUCACGAACAAGAGACAGUUGAGAAGAUUGGUUGUACUACCGUAUGACUUAAAAAUUCAGGAAGCUUUUACUGAAAACAUUAAAUUUGUGACUGAAUUUGCAAAAAAAAGUGGCGACUAUACCAGUCUGUCUGCUACUGAUAUCAAGAUAAUUGCACUCACAUAUCAGUUGGAAAAAGAAAAAGUUGGGACAACACAUUUGAAAGACAUUCCAACAACAAGAGUCAUUAAAUCUACACUAAACAAAGGAAGCGGGGAUGACCCUAAACUACCACUUGGAUUCUACAUGCCAAAGAAAAAAGAGAGAAAAGAAUUGGAUGAAGAUAACAAAAAUUUAGAGGUAUCUUUGAAUAAUAUAGAAAAAGUAGACGUUACUAAAGAAAAUAUCGCAAACGUACAUAUUAUAGAUGACUCAGCAAUAGAUAAUACAAUAAAUGAUACAGAGAUAAAUGAUGUGAAGAAACAAUCUACUCUUUACGUAUCUGCAUCUUCAGAUGAAGCACAGUCAGAUUACGAAACAGCAUCGGAUAACGAAGAUGAUAAAACGAAUGAUUUAGCUGAUAAAUUUUCCAAAUUAAAGUGCAAUCCGACUGAUUUAGAAAUUGAAGGCGAGAGUGAAGGCAAAUAUGUUGUAGAUGACAUUCUUGCUUUUGUUGAUACAACGUCCAAAAGUGAUGAAUCCUUUGAGGAUGAAGAUGAUGAAGAUGACGACAGUGGUUGGAUUACACCAGCAAACGUUUCCAACAUAAAGAAGCAAAUGGAUUCGGAGGUUCUUGAAGAAAAAGCUGCAACCGUCGCGUGCUUAACGAUGGAUUUUGCAAUGCAAAAUGUACUUAUGCAAAUGGGAUUGAAUGUAGUAUCAUUAGAUGGCAGAGUGAUUAAACAGAUGCGAACAUUCGUAUUCAGAUGUUAUGCCUGUUUCAAGACCACUAGUGUUAUGACAAAGAUCUUUUGCCCGCAUUGCGGUAACAGGACGCUGAAGAAAGUGGAAGUCACGUUAGACGAGAAUGGAAAGCAGCAGAUUCACAUUAAUUUUCGGAGACCACUCUCAGCCAGAGGAAAAAGAUUCUCGUUACCAACGCCGAAAGGUGGAAAACACGCCAACAAUCCCGUUUUAUGCGAGGAUCAACCAAUGCCGGAUCAACGUCCAUCACGUUUGGCGCGCGUGAAGAAUAAUCCGCUCGAUGACGAUUACAUAGCUGGGUAUUCUCCGUUCGUUAUGCGUGAUAUAAAUUCGAAGUCAGCUAUGCUGGGUAUAAGACCGGAUGGUGUCGUCAAGCACUGGAUGAAAAGAAACCCCAAUGAAUCCAAAAAGAGACGAAAAUAAAAGCUAUUUAUUGUUAAA